UGUGAUUCAAUGAGAUCAGCCAGUACUGCGUGGAGUCAUGCAUUGGACACCACUAUAAUUUAAAAGCCUGGUUUUGAUUUUUUUUAAAGAGUUUUCAGGAAGUCUGGGGGAGGGGCAAUGCAGUUUUUUUUGUUAAACUGGGCCCCUUUGUCGAGAUGGAACAAGAGGAAAGAUCUAUCUGCUUGUGGUGCAUACACACAUCAGUCAUUCUCAGGGAAACUUCCCAUCGCCUGUAAAAGGCACUGGGCCACCGCAGUACUUGGAGAGGGGGUGGGGGGCCAGCUGAGAAUGGAGCUGCUAGUGCUGCUCAAUGCCCUGGUUACACGGCUGCUCUUUGUUCUACACUCUCUGAUCGGGGUUUGGAGGGUGACUGAAGUGAAGAAGGAACGCAAGUACUGGCUGCUGGCAUUGCUCAACCUCCUCCUGUGCCUGGAAACUGGGCUCACCCUCAAGUUUAAGCAAGGCAGAGGCUACAAAUGGUUUUCUCCAGCAAUAUUUUUAUAUCUGAUUAGCACAGUACCAUCAUUAUGGCUACUAGAAACUCAUCGUGAAACUCAGUUUUGCAGUGAUGAAACUGAACAAACAUGGGGAAAUAUCAACAACAGAGAAGACUUCAAUCAAUUAACAGAGAGCACUCCCAAAAAUGAGGGAGCAGAUCAUCACAUAAUUGAGUUGGCUAGAGAUUUGGUCUCCCAGCUCUCCACAGUGGGUGAGACUGCAUGGACACUAGGACUCCACCAGACUUUUCUGCUGCUACUAAUAAUAGGGAGAUGGCUUCUUCCCAUUGGUGCUGAAAUCACUCGUGAUCAGUUGUCACAGCUGCUACUUAUGUUUGUGGGAACUGCAGCAGACAUACUUGAAUUCACUAGCGAGACUUUGGAAGUAGAAAAUGUAAGGCAUAACCAUGCUCUUGUUUAUGCAAUUCUUUGUCUAUGGACUUGGAGUAUGUUGCAGUUUCCACUUGAUCUGGCAGUGCAACAUAUUGGCUAUAAACUAUCUGUGUCAUCUACGAGAGUCCCCAUUUUACUGCUGUGCAGACACAGCGCAGAUCUGUGGAACAUUGGAAUCAGCCUUUUCAUACAAGAUGGCCCUUUCCUUGUUUUACGUUUGAUACUGAUGAGCUAUUAUAAAGUAAUUAAUCAGAUGCUGGUGUUUUUCACAGCGAAGAAUAUCUUAGUUGUGAUGUUACAACUAUACCGUCUAAUAGUGCUAUCAUUAGAUUUCCGUGCUUCCCUGCAGUAUCUACCAAGCCGCCGGAUAGAAGGAGUCAGCUGCUGCCCAUGUGAGCCUAAUGAUACCACACUCCCACCCAGAGACCGGGAUACUGAUAUGAGAGAAUGCACUGCUAUUCCUCUGGAGGAUUCGCCAGUCCCAUCAGAAUAUCAGUGAACUCAGCUGUUUAUUUGCUAAAACACGGUCUGUUUCCUGUGGCCUUUUGGAAGGGUUUGGCCUGUUCGUAUUAUCAUGGUUCUUACUCAUCUCCCUUCCACCACAAAAUGAAAUGUUGUUCUAAAAACCAGGAGAAGACUUUGAAGCGAUGUCACAGAAAGGAGAACUUUUUGAUCCUAUUGAAUUUGGGGGUGGGGGGAGGGGUGUUUCCACUACAUCCGUAUUAUAUUUAUCCAAUGGGAUUAGGUAGGUGUAGUUUAUAGAACUACAAGGUUUGAAAUUGUAUGUGAUGCAUUAACAAACUUGGUUACUGUCUUUGGAGGCAUUAUGUUAAAGAAUGUGCUCAGAUGUAUUUGUGCAGAAGGACAGACAUAUCAGGACAGUUACCUGAAAUUGGGGAGCCUGUAACUUUGCUUCAGUUGACAGGCUGUAAAAACAGUGUGCUGAAUGAUACAUUUGCCUAUCACAGAAUUACUUCAGCAAUGGCAAUUGAAUAAGAGUGUAAGUGAAUGGAGAUAAUGUGUUUCUGCUGUCACUAUGACAUCAAAACACUGUCCUUUCAGUGAAUGCAAGAACUGUUUUAGAAGAUGCCUCACUAUUGAUUUGAUUCAGUGAAAGCACCAAUGACAUGGAGUAGCACACAGAACCAUGAAAGUCCUUUCUCAGUGUUUUUUUGGGGCUUGCCUGGUACCAAAUCUAAAACAUUUUUAAUCUGGCCUUACAGUUCACUGUAGUGAAGGAUAUUUCUGCCACGAGCCAUAUUCUACAGAGGUGCUUAUCUUUCUGUUACAAUUAGAGAUGGUCAAAAUAAUGAAAAAAUGUCACAAAAUACUUUGAAGCUUUUUUCCAUUUCAGUGUUUGAAAGUGAGCUAAUUCACGAAAUGUCUUUUUUUAAUUGCAAUUGUUAUGACUUUACUCAAGCAUGUAGUCCCAUUGAAGGCAAUGGGAUUGUUUGUAUAAGAAAAGCAAAAGGACUUUGGCUCUCAGUUUGCAUUUUAUAAAGUGCCUAAAUUCUGAUGUA